AUGUUUCAUUUAACUAGAUUGACCCACACAUUCACCCGGUCACUAUCAUUCCCUCUGCGCACCUUUGCCAGUGCUACUCCAUCCACAGUCGGCCCUAGCUUUGCGUUGACAGAAGAGCAACGCCAAAUCCAGGAACUUGCACACAAUUUUGCACGGGAAGAGAUAAUUCCUAAAGCAGCUCAUCACGAUGUGACAGGCGAGUAUCCAACUGAAAUUAUUAAAAAAGCUUGGGAACUUGGUCUAGUAAACACCCACAUUCCGCAACAAUUUGGUGGUCUGGGACUGGGGGUAUUCGACUCGUCUCUUGUGAGUGAAGAAUUGGCAUGGGGAUGCACCGGUAUCCAGACUGCAAUCGAAGCCAAUGGUCUUGCUGAAGCACCAUUAAUCGUUGCUGGCAAUGAAGCGCAGCAAAAGAAGUAUCUUGGACGAAUGACCGAAGAACCGCUUAUGGCCGCUUAUUGCGUGACUGAACCUGGGGCAGGCAGUGACGUCUCGGGAGUAAAGACUAAAGCAGAGAAGAGGGGGGAUCAUUGGGUCAUUAACGGUAGUAAGAUGUGGAUAACGAAUGGGGGAAAGGCUAAUUGGUAUUUUGUGCUUGCAAAGACCGAUCCGACAGCCAAAACUGGAUUAGCCUUUACCGGGUUCAUUGUUGACGCCGAUACUCCCGGCAUCACUCCCGGAAGGAAAGAGAUUAACCUAGGACAGAGAGCGAGUGAUACUAGAGGAAUUACUUUUGAAGAAGUUGUAGUGCCUGAAGAGAACGUCCUUGGCACUCCUGGUAUUGGUUUUAAGAUCGCCAUGAAAGCGUUCGACAUCACUCGUCCUCUUGUUGCAUCAGCAGCCGUUGGACUGGCUCGACGUGCGUUGGAAGAGGCAACUAGAUAUUCCUUAGAGAGAAAGACUUUUGGUAAACCAAUUUUCGAACAUGGCGCUGUGGCGACUAUGAUAGCGGAUAUGGCAAUAGGUGUAGAGGCUGCACGAUCCAUGGUGUGGAAGGCUGCUUGGGUGCGAGAUCAGAAUCAGCGAAAUACUUAUUACGCAUCUAUUGCCAAGGCUCUUGCAUCGGAUGUUGCAGUCAAUGCCGCUAAUAUGGCUGUCCAAAUAUUCGGUGGAAAUGGCUUCAAUACUGAGUACCCUGUGGAGAAGCUAUAUCGGGAUUCGAAGAUAUUCCAGAUAUACGAAGGAACAUCCCAGAUUCAAAGAGUUAUUAUUUCAAAGGCUGUGGCGGACAAUAUAGCGAAUAGUUAA